AUGCCAGAGAAUGAGAAGUCGUUUAAAGGCAAUGUGUUCGCUGUUGUACUCUUUGUUGGUGACAUAACUGAUGGACUUGAUGUCGUCGUCGUCGUAGUAGUGGAUGUCGUUGGUUUCGAAGGAGUAGAUGGUGGUGUCGCUAUUGGUGAUGGUGUUUGCGCUUGUUUCGGUGGUGUUGUUGUAGUAGUUGUUGUCGUCGUCGUCGUAGUAGUUGACAUCGAUGUCUUUGGAGGAGUCGACACAGGUGAUAUUGUAUUUAUGGUUCUCUUAUUCUUCUUUGCUUGA